AUGGCGACCAAAAUAAUCGACAUACGCACGGACACUGCCGAGUCGGAUAUCCUCGCUGAUAUCAAGAAAGGCCUUCGGCCUGAGAGUGGCGGCGAAAAAAAGCUGCCUACGUUGCUGCUUUACGACCAAGAAGGCCUUCGUCUAUUCGAAGAGAUCACGUACCAAGAGGAGUAUUACCUAACGAAUGCCGAGAUUGAAGUCCUUGAGACGUAUGCGGAGAAAAUCGCCGAACGAAUCCCGACGGGGUCCAUUGUCGUGGAACUGGGGAGCGGCAACCUCAGAAAAGUCAACAUACUCUUGCAAGCCGUCGACCGUCUUGGCAAAGACGUCGAGUAUUACGCUGUCGAUCUUUCUUUGCCGGAGCUGGAGAGAACAUUUGGGGAAAUACCUACAGAAGGAUACAAGCACGUCAAAUGCUUUGGCCUCUAUGGCACCUAUGAUGAUGCUCUUGAGUGGCUGAAGACUCCCGAAAUCGAAGCGAAACCGAAAACAAUCCUUUGGCUGGGCUCGAGCUUGGGCAACUUCAAGCGCCAUGAAGUACCGCCAUUCCUUGCUGGAUUUGGUGCGGUUCUCCAGACUGGCGAUACCAUGCUUAUCGGUAUCGAUUCAUGCAAGGAUCCCGAGCGCGUUUACCAUGCAUACAACGAUCGCGGCGGUGUAACACACAAGUUCAUUCUCAACGGGCUGAAGCACGCAAACGCACUCAUGGGCGAGGAAGCUUUCGACAUCCAGGACUGGGAAGCCAUUGGAGAGUACGACGAACAGGCUGGAAGACAUCACGCUUUUGUCGCACCACGCAAGGACACUGUCGUCGACGGUGUUCAUAUCAAGCAGGGCGAGAGAGUUCGUAUCGAAGAAUCCUACAAGUACAGUCGCGAGGAAGCAAAGGAGCUCUGGGAAUUGGCCAAACUUGCAGAGAACGUUGUGUGGGCAAACUCGAAGGGCGACUAUGGCCUACAUUUUGUCUCGAAGCCUGCAAUGUUCUUCCCUACCAAACCCGAGGAAUACGCAGCGAACCCGGUGCCAUCUUUGACCGAGUGGCGUGAGCUUUGGACGGCCUGGGACGCGGUCACGAAGGACAUGAUACCCGAAGAAGAGCUACUAUCUAAGCCGAUCAAGCUUCGCAACGAGUGCAUCUUCUACCUUGGCCAUAUUCCUACAUUCUUGGACAUCCACAUCGCCCGUGCCACCGAUGGCAAGCCGUCAGACCCCGCCUACUUCUGGAAGAUCUUUGAACGUGGUGUUGACCCUGAUGUUGAAGACCCAACUCAAUGUCAUGCUCACUCCGAGGUUCCCGAAUCGUGGCCCCCGCUGGAGACAAUCCUGAAGUUUCAAGAGACUGUGCGACAAAAGGUUGAGGCGCUGUACACUUCGGGAGAAGCAGAGUCGAACGGUCGCGUGUCGCGAGCACUGUGGAUCGGCUUUGAACAUGAAGCCAUGCACCUGGAGACAUUGCUCUACAUGCUGAUCCAGAGUGACAAGGUUUUGCCACCUCCAGGAACCAAACUCCCGGACUUUUCGGCGUUUGCGGCGCAAUCUGAGACCCUAGCAACCGCUAACGAGUGGUUCACAAUCCCCGAAGCGGACAUCGACAUCGGUCUCGAAGACCCAGAGAAUGACUUUGAGACCAAGCGUUACUUUGGCUGGGAUAACGAGAGGCCUCACCGCUCAGCACAUGUCAAGUCCUUCCGCGCAAAGGCUCGACCAAUCACGAAUGGGGAGUAUGCCAUAUAUCUUUCUAAGACAGGAAAGACAGCCAUACCUGCGUCGUGGUGCGAACAGCCAUACUCAAACGCCAAGGACCUGACCACUGGAAAGAGAGACAGCGUGGUAAACGGCCACCAUGAAGGUGUUAAUGCCUCACCUCAGAGUAUCACGGAAGGGAAAUUUGUACGCACUGUGUACGGCACUGUCCCCUUGAAAUUUGUCAUGGGAUGGCCUGUAGUCGCCUCCUACGACGAAUUAGCUGGUUGUGCGCAUUGGAUGGGCGGUCGCAUCCCUACCAUGGAAGAAGCACGAAGCAUCUACAGCUAUGUCGACAGCAUGAAGCCGGAAUUUGAGAGCUCGCUUGGAAACAGAAUUCCAGCCGUCAACGGCCAUUUGAUCAACGAAGGCGUUUUUGAGACACCACCAUCCCGAGCUUUGUCAAACGGCGACUCUGGCGCAGUAUCUAGUCUCAACCCACGCAAUCUUUUCGUUGACCUUGAGGGAACGAAUGUGGGCUUCAAACACUGGCAUCCAGUCUCAGUGGUCGAGAAGGGCGACAAGCUCUGCGGCCAAUCUGACCUGGGUGGUGUUUGGGAGUGGACUAGCACUGUGCUGGAGAAGCAUGACGGCUUCGAGCCGAUGGAGCUGUAUCCAGGCUAUACAGCCGAUUUCUUCGACGGUAAGCACAACGUCACGCUGGGUGGAUCAUGGGCGACGCAUCCGCGCAUCGCUGGGCGUAAGACCUUCGUCAACUGGUAUCAACGCAACUAUCCCUAUGUCUGGGCAGGUGCGCGCAUUGUGUCGGAUGUUUAA